CUGUCCCGGGGCCCCGUGUCCCUGUCGCCGGGCGGCGGCCGCUGUCACUGGCCAGGUCCCCGGGGAGGGGCGGCGCUGACCUCACCCGGCCGGCUGGACUCUGCGGCCAUUCCCAGUCUCCUCUCUCCAGAGUCUGGCUGCACCCCGAGGUGUUUCUGUGGUUACAAAAAGCGAAAUCCAAGCCUGACCCCAGGGUCCCCGUCUCCCGGGAAAGAUGCGCGCCCCCAUCCCAGAGCCCAUGCCUGGAGACCUGAUCGAGAUUUUCCGCCCUUUCUAUCGACACUGGGCCAUCUACGUUGGUGACGGCUAUGUGGUCCACCUGGCCCCCCCAAGUGAGAUUGCGGGCGCAGGUGCUGCCAGCAUCAUGUCGGCCCUGACGGACAAGGCCAUGGUGAAGAAGGAGCUGCUGUACGACGUGGCCGGGAGGGACAGGUACCAGGUCAACAACAAACACGAUGACAAGUACUCCCCGCUACCGCCCAGCAAGAUCGUGCAGCGGGCGGAGGAGCAGGUGGGGCGCGAGGUGCUCUACAAGCUGACCAGCGAGAACUGCGAGCACUUUGUCAACGAGCUGCGCUACGGGGUCCCCCGCAGCGACCAGGUCAGAGAAGCUGUCAUGAUGGCUGGCAUCACGGGAGUGGGCUUGGCCGCCGUGGGCCUCAUCGGAGUCAUGCUCUCAAGGAACAAGCGUCAAAAGCAAUGAGUGGAAGAGACAGUCUGAGCAGUGAUUUCAUAUGAGCUGUUUUGCUUGAGGGUUUUGAGGCGUGCUUUUGUGGACGCCAUUCUAUUUUCUAAUAUGGCUUAUUUGCUUAUUUUUCACAGAAUAAAAUAAAGCCUUGUAAGGGGGUGGGGAUUUUACUGGGGGAAAUGCA